AGUUCGACUUGACGCAUCGUGGGACGCUUUGCUUGGCGCUGUUAAAUUUAUUUUUCGAUUUGUUUCCUUAUAAUACAUUCAAACGAUGUCGGGUAUUGCUAGCGCACGUCUAGCCGAAGAGAGAAAAGCUUGGCGCAAGGACCAUCCAUUUGGUUUUGUGGCCAGACCAAUGAAGAAUCCUGAUGGUUCAUUAAAUCUAAUGACAUGGGAGUGUGCGAUACCCGGAAAAAAGGGGACACCCUGGGAAGGAGGGCUGUACAAGUUACGUAUGAUUUUUAAAGAUGAUUACCCAUCAAGUCCACCUAAAUGCAAAUUUGAGCCUCCAUUGUUCCACCCCAAUGUAUAUCCAUCUGGUACUGUAUGUUUAUCAUUGCUGGAUGAAGAAAAAGACUGGCGUCCAGCAAUCACAAUCAAACAAAUCCUCCUUGGAAUUCAAGAUCUACUUAAUGAACCAAAUGUUAAAGAUCCUGCACAGGCUGAAGCAUACACAAUCUAUUGCCAAAAUCGACUAGAAUAUGACAAGAGAGUCAGAGCACAGGCCCGUGCUAUGGCUGCUACAGAGUAAUGGCAUUCAUACAUUCCUUGAUUUAUUAGGAAUGAAGGGAGACCAUUGUUGUGUCGGUGGGACGGUGAAAUAUAUCAUUUGUCUUUAUAAACUUGCAAGCUGGUAUCAAAUGAAUUUUUCCCGUUCAACUGCUACAGCUUUGGAUCGGAGGAGAUUAAUUUUAAGUAGUGUUAAAUUAUUUACUUAAAUAUGCUGUUUGGUAAAUAUUUUAACAAAUUAAUAUUAUGAAACAAAACAUUCAUAAAAAAUAAAUACUUGAAUACCAUUUGUAAGUACUCUAAUGUUAAAAAUGUAGCCAUUAUGGUUAAUUUUUAAGACAUAAUUUAUUUGAGACAUUAUGCAUUUCACUUUUAAAGAGGAGUUCAUUUCUCUUUCAUAUCUUAUUAAGGGAAUGUAGAUUUUUUUUUCUCGGUCCAGUAUUUUCUGAUCCUGUUAGCUCUUAAACAUGUUUCAAUAAGAUAAUUGUAAAGUCUUGCAUAAAAUAAUCAUUAUUAUUAGCUGUCGGCUUAUAGAAUAUGUAAUAAAGCUUAUACAGUCUGACAACUGGGUGAAGAUACUACAAAAGAAUUGAUUUGUCUCCGACACUGCUCUUAGUAUUGACAAAAUAAAUAUUAAUUUCAGUAUAAAUCAUCUCUUAAAGGAAUCUACAAUAUUGUUUGAAACUAUUUUUGUAUUUUUAUGUUAGUUAACAAAACAAUAAACAAAAUUUAAUAAUU